CUCGGCUUUGUAACCAAGCGGAAGUUGUCAUAGAUUGGAGACGCUCUAUCUCAAGCUCCCUCCGAGCUUGUCUCUCCGGGAAAGGAAGUGAGUUCGGCCUGUGAACCCACAUGGAGGACCUGGAUUAGAGUCGUCUCUCUUCUCCUUGGUCGUUAUGGAACAGAGUAGUUCCUGCUUUGAGUCAGAACUUGAUUUCUGCCCCGAAUGUGGUACAGUCCUUCCGCUGCCAGGUCUCCAGGACAAGGUGGCCUGUCGCUGUUGCUCCUUCUUCAUUGAUGUGCAAGAAUUUGAAAAGAGAAUUAUUGAUACAUCAGUCACCUUCAACAGGACAGAUUCCACAAAUUUGGAAGUAGAUGGAGGAAAAGCAGUCAAAGGACCACUGAUUGAUAGGAAGUGUCCCCAGUGUGGGCAGGAGGGCAUGACAUACCAUACUCGGCAGAUGAGAUCUGCAGACGAAGGGCAAACAGUAUUCUACACCUGCAUUCAUUGCAAGUUCCAAGAGAAGGAAGAUUCUUGAUUGACCAGAUUUGUGAGAAGUAGCAAACAUGAAAUGCCUCACUUCCAAGUACAUCUCGAAAUAAUAUUUUGAGUGUGACUGUGACAUCGUAAUGCACUCAGUUGCUGUAGAAGUAUCUUCUUGAUUGAUAUGGAUUAUUUGUGGAUAGCAACUAUAGUUUUCUGCAGUGGGUCACACCAACAGCCACAAGUUUCCAAUGAUAGAAGACCAGUUAAUUGAAACAUAGAACUGAUGGUCAUGCUAGACAUCUAAAGUCUUAUGUCCUUAUUCAGUUUCUAGCUCUCUUGUUUGGUCAGGGAAAAGAAAGAAAUGUAAUGCUAAACACAUCAAGGACUAAGCAUACUAUUGCAGCCGUCAUUCCCAUAUUGGGAGAAAGAAAAUAUAUAUACAUUAUAUAAAUAAAUAUUUGCAAGUUUUA